ACCCCCCUCAGCCUUACCCUAUCCAGCCCCCUCAGUCCUACUCUAACCCCAGUAAACACCACAUUGUGAUCCAGCAGGAGGCACCACCGGCAGGGUUCCCCAUGCAAUGGGCUGCUGGAGUCGCCACAGCUGGGCUCCAUUUCAGGGCCCCAGUGGGCCUUCAAACUUCCUGGACAAGCCCUGCCAUGCCGGAUACCCAGGGAUGGAGAAUAGUACAGGAUGUGGCGGGGGAGGAUCUGGGGAGGGUGGCCAGUGCAGCGACUAGUCCUGAAGGAGGGAGCAGUGUGGGACACAGACAGAAGAGAGAGAAGAGCAGCGAUUUGGCACAUGAGCUCGACAUCAAACCAGUGCGUCUGUCGAGUGGACAUGGAGAGAGCAGUGAGAGUAGCAAAACCUCCAGUCAGGCCAGUAAAGACAGCGUCAGUAGCAGGGAGAGGAGGAAGAGGAAGGAGAAGAAUGGAGGAAGAGCAGGACAGAGUGCAACAGACAGGUCCUCUGCAGGAUCCGGGGAGGUGGUUAUUCCUGAGGCUUCAGUAUCUUCUGCCUCUGUGGUCCAAAGCUCAGAGAAUGAUGGGACAUCGGUGGUAGGGAGAAACAGGAGCAGGAUGAGUAGGGGACUGGCUAACCUAUUCAGUGCAGAGGAGUCAGGAAGUCAUAGAGACGAAUCAGGGAGUGAUAGGGAGUGGUCGGUGAGUCAAAAGGAGGAAUCAAGUCAAAUUCAAGAAUCAGGGAGUCAUAGGGUAGAGGCAGUGAGUCAAAUGGAAGAGUCAAGAAGUCAUAUGCAGGCGUCAAUGAUUAAAAAAGAGUCAGUGAGUCAUAGGGAGGAAGUAGCCAGUGAGAAAGAAGUAGGAGAUAAUGCCAUGGAGGCCACAGAGGGAGAAGAGGAGAGUCUGGUUGGACUCAGUGCGGAGGAGGGAGCAACAGGAGAAGAGGAGAGUCUGGUUGGACUCAGUGAGGAGGGGGGAGCAACAGGAGAAGAGGAGAGUCUGGUUGGACUCCGUGUGGAGGGGGGAGCAACAGGAGAAGAGGAGGAGGAAAUUAAACAUGACAGAGAGGAGGGGAGGGAAACAAAGGAAGAAGAGGGAAUGGGAGAACAUGAAGGCGAAAAAGAGCAAGGAGAAGAUCAGGAUGAAGGCAAUGAGGCACACCAGAGAGACAGAGAAGAAGGAGAGGAGGAGGAGGAAGAGGAAGAAGUCCAACCAGAGAGUGACAGCGUUUCUAUAAGGGAGCACACUGCAGAGGACGAGGAAGACAGGGAGAGGGGAGAGGAGGAAGCAGAGGAGGCACAGGACUCAGAAGGGCAGGUAGAGCGCGAGGAGGUGGAACGGGGUGAUAGAGGCAUGGAGGAAGAGAGCGAGAACGAAAGAGAGGAAUCACACACUUCUCAGAACGGAGAGAUAGAAGAGGAGGAUGUGGGAGUUGGGGAUGAAAGAUAUGAUAAUGAGGAGGGGUCAGAAGGUGAAGAAGAUGGUGGCGAGGAAGAGGAAGAGGAGCAGCGUUGUCAGGAUGCUGAGGAAGACUCGGCAGCAGGGCAACCUGAGGAUGAAGAGGAGAGAGACUCUGACGACAGCAUCAUCUCACCACCAGAACACAGGUCAUCCAAAUGCCUGGCAGAGGUAGCAGAAGAGGAGGAGGAAGAAGUGAUCGGUGAUAAUGAUGAAAAUGAUGAUGGUGAAGAUGAUGAAGAUGACAAAGUGAAAGGGUAUUCAUGGUCUGUGGAUCCCUUUCCAGAUGAGGAUGAUGAUAUUGAAAGUCUUCUCGCUCCACAAGCAAAGUCUCAGGAAAAACAAGAGAAAGAAGAAAAGAAAAAGACAGUGGUCCUUGUGAAACCCAAAGCCAUAUAUGAAGACUUGGACAGUUUCUCUGAAGUAAAAGCACUUCACAAAAAGAAAGGGGCUAAUCAGGACACAGACUCAGAAGAGUUUGAUCACUUCUACGACUGACAAGCCUUGUGUUCCAGCUCACCUAAAACCUCAACAAGAUAUGAGUGACUGCAAUUCUAAUGCCAGACUUCUAAAUCCACAACACUUGAACAUGAAAUCCACAACACUUGAACAUGAAAUGAACAUUCCUUAUCUAAUGUCAAGAUGCACCGAAUGUAAAUCAUUAGCAUUUUAUUAAAAAG